AUGAACAUCUGUGGAGCCACCAAAUGCCUCACUGUCAAUGAAGAAGAUAUGUCUAGCAGCGACCACGAUGCGGCUACAGUCGACGCCUCCAUGGAGGACGCGGCUAGACAAACGGGAAUAAGAAGAAACCUCAGCGGGGACCAGGUCCGGAGUGCGUGCACGUCAGCCAAUACAAAGAAGGCCAACCAAAGCUACCUCAAGGGGAUUUCUACGUGGAUUCACGCAUCGCAGCCGUCACCAGACACCUUCUUUUGCGAGGAUGGCAGCUUAAACCUGGCCAUGUUUUCACCGCAGCACUUUGAAGACUUCCUUCUGUACAAAAUUAACGAGGGAAAACUCAAAGUGUCCACUUUAAGCGGCUACAGAAGUUCUAUAAAGGACGUGUAUCGGCAGAAGCGUUUGGAUUUACCCAGUGAAUACUUAGAUGACCUGAAAAUACUAUACCAAGGACUCAAGAGAGUGGAGGCUGAGGAUGACCAAUCGGGGCGCUCACGCAGACCGGGAAAGGAGCCACUAUCUUACUCUUUGUAUACUCAGCUGGCAAAGCUCACUUUGGCUCUGGAAGACAAUGGAUUUUUGCAUCUUUUCCUACUGACACAAUGGAAUCUGAUGUGUCGAUCUGUGUCAGUGGAAACACUGCAUCUGACGCACUUGCAUUGUGCUGACGACAGCGUGGGUUGUGUACUCCACAAAACCAAGACAAACCAAGAAGGAUCGGGCCCAAAGGACCCCCGCCACAUUUACGCAAAUCCAUUGCAGCCAUCAUGCUGCUGGAUGCUCGCAUUGGGGCUGUACUUGGCGUCCAAUCCAACUCUUGUACACGGAAAGCUCUUCCCCGGCUCCAUCCAAAAAUCUCGAUUCAGCAAGACGAUAAGCAGCUUGCUACAAGACAUGACAGGCAAGAAAGUUUACGGAACGCAUUCUAUUCGGAAAGGAGUGGCUACAUUUGCGAGUAGUGGGAGUACAGACCGAUACUUUCGGUAUGAAUCUGCUGGUGACCAAUAUCUCGGUCGAGUUGUGGCAGGGCUGCCUCAAAACAGCUCACAUUUUGGCGAAUUACCUCCCCAUUUUGAUGACCCUCUCGACGAUUUUGUAAGAAAAUGCACGAGAAAUAUGUUUCGUGUUAUGGCUGGAGAUGCGCAUAUCGCGCCUGUGUUUCAACUCUGCCUGGCUUCAAUUGCGGCCCAUGCUACAUUUCUGCGUGAAAAUCUGAAGUCAAAGCACGCUGUAUUUAUGUCCUACGUAUUUCGCAACUCUGAUGUUUUGGAUCAACUCACGACCCUACUAAAUACUGGAGAGAGCACCUGGAUGCGGCCAACGGGAUCCCUCCGCACGUUGAACUCUAUCGACAGCAUGUUGAAACUCGCAAGGCGCUGA